GACUUUCUCGACCGUUAGAAAACUCACAAAAUAACAAUUGCAAAUCUCCACAUCAUCUGUCUAGUAUCUGAACUUAGGAAAAAAUGAUUGCGAUGUUUCUGAAUCUGCAGGUGUUAGUUCCUUUGUUCUUCUUCUUCAUCCUUCCCGUCCUCUUCUUCUUCUUCCUCGGACACUCUUCUGCAGGUUUGAAGAAGAAGAAAGAGACAGAUUCUAGAAGAACCAUCACUCUGCCAAAAACAUACCCAUUAAUUGGUUCUUACCUAGCCAUCCAAGCCGUCGGCAACCGCCGUAUUCAGUGGUUGUCCGAUAUGGUCAAAAUCUCCUCCGGCGCUACCUUCACCUUCCACCGCCCCUUGGGCCGCUCGCACGUGUUCACCGGCAACCCUGCCACCGUAGAAUACAUUCUCAAGACCCGUUUCUCCAAUUACCAAAAGGGCAGAACCGCUAUUAACAUUCUCUCCGAUUUCCUCGGCACAGGAAUCUUCAACGCCGACGGCAACACUUGGAAGUUUCAGAGACAAGUAGCCAGCCACGAAUUCAACACAAAGUCUCUACGAAAAUUUGUGGAGCACGUGGUCGAUGCCGAACUCUCCAACCGUCUCGUUCCUAUCCUCGCUUUUGCAGCAGCACAAGACAAAACGCUUGAUUUUCAAGACAUUCUCCAACGUUUUGCGUUUGACAACAUCUGCAAAAUCGCGUUUGACUUCGACCCAGAAUACCUGAAGCCGUCAGCUGAACGGAGCAAGUUCGCGAAAGCCUUCGAAGAAGCAACGGAGAUCAGCAGCAAACGGUUCCGCGAGCCGUUGCCGUUAAUAUGGAAAGUCAAGAGAGCACUUAACAUAGGUUCGGAAAAGAAACUAAGAAUAGCAGUGAAGGAAGUGCACGAGUUCGCAAAGCACAUAGUGAGAGAGAAGAAAAAAGAGCUAAAGGAGAAGGAAUCUCUUGAAUCUGUUGACAUGCUUUCACGGUUUUUAAGUUCGGGACACUCCGAUGAAGACUUUGUGACAGACAUAGUUAUAAGUUUCAUAUUGGCGGGGAAGGAUACCACGUCAGCGGCGCUGACGUGGUUUUUCUGGUUGUUAUCGAAGAACCCGCGUGUGGAAAAGGAGGUUUUGAAGGAGAUAAUGGAGAAAUCGGAGGCUCCGGUGUACGAUGAAGUAAAGGAUAUGGUUUACACACAUGCAGCCUUGUGUGAGAGCAUGAGAUUGUACCCGCCGGUGCCUUUAGACACGAAGGAAACAAUGAACGAUGAUGUUUUGCCGAGUGGGACGGUGGUGAAGAAGGGGAUGUUUGUGACGUAUCACGUGUAUGCGAUGGGGAGAAUGGAGAGUAUCUGGGGUGAGGAUUGGGCAGAGUUUAAGCCAGAGAGGUGGUUGGAGAGGCUUCAAACAGGAAAGUGGAACUUUGUAGGAAGGGAUUCCUUCACUUAUCCGGUGUUUCAAGCUGGUCCCAGGAUUUGUUUGGGGAAAGAAAUGGCUUUUAUGCAGAUGAAGAGGUUGGUGGCUGGUAUUCUCAGGCGCUUCAUGGUGGUUCCCACGGUGGCUAAAGGGGUGGAGCCUCACUACUUUGCCUUCUUGACCUCCCAGAUGGAAGGUGGCUUCCCCGUUAAGAUUCUCGAAAGGGUGCACUCAGAUUGAAACCAAGCCUAUUCUACUUCAAGCACAUUGCAACUUCACUCUCUCGAUCAAACCAUUUAGUUAAAUUUGUUGUCGAUCUCAAUGCUGAAUAUUGUCAUUUCUUUUCUUCUUUUCUUUCUUCUAAUUAAUAAAAAAAAAAUGUGUCUUAUGCAUUAUUAGUAUUCA